AUGAAUUCCCUUGAUCUAAACCUACCUGAAAACUACUUCAGCUUAGACCUCUUGCAUGAUUCUUCGAAUUCUUCAUCUUCGUCUUCUUCUUCUUCAUCAAGCAACCGCGAGCAACGAGUUUUCUCAUGCAACUAUUGCAGUAGAAAAUUUUAUAGUUCACAAGCACUUGGAGGCCACCAGAAUGCUCACAAGCUGGAACGCACCUUGGCUAAGAAAUGCAGAUACCUGAACUCAGGAGUUAAACUCUGGGAGCAGAUAUCAAGGUCUGGUUCCGAUGGUUCAACCCAUGUUGGUUGGGUGCAGCCACCCUUCCUGAAUCAGGGACAGGUUGGGAGGAGAGACAUGGACUAUAUGUAUAGUGGUGAGAGUGAGACUGUUCAAGAAGAUUUUCAUCAGCUGGAUUUAUCUCUCAGGCUUUAA